AUGUAUGACUGGGACUUGCUUUAUCGAGAUCGCCCUGGCGCAUCACUGCCCUCUUUCUUUCUCUCCGAUGAAAAACGAAUUGAGCCGCCUAGCGCUUUUCAGUCGCAAGAUGGGCUUGUACUGCAGGCCAAGGAGAUGAGUAAAGUUAUCGACAGCAAAACCUUGCAAAAAUUUAAGCAUUCACCUGAACAUCCAAGUUAG